CGAGAUGGCGCUUUUUGUUUUGUUUUGAUGACAUAUGUCGAAUGUUGAUCCAAAUUUUCUUGAAAAAAAAAACUUUGAAAAAGAAAUUUUUGAUUUAAAAAAAAAAUGCCACCCAAAGGUAAAGGUAAAGGUGGAAAUAAUGAUAAAUCCACAGGUAAAUCCGGUGGUGGUGGUGAAACAAAAGAGAAAAAAGGUGGUACAUCAGUAAAAGUUCGACAUAUUUUAUGUGAAAAACAAUCCAAAGCAUUAGAAGCAUUGGAUAAGAUAAAAUCCGGAAUGAAAUUCAAUGAAGUUGCGGCACAAUAUUCCGAAGAUAAAGCCCGGCAAGGUGGUGAUUUAGGUUGGAUGAUUCGUGGUUCAAUGGUUGGUCCAUUUCAGGAUGCUGCUUUUCAAUUACCAAUUUCAAGUCUAGAUAAACCCGUUUAUACUGAUCCACCGAUUAAAACAAAAUUUGGUUAUCAUAUUAUUAUGGUUGAAGGAAAAAAAUGAUUUAUUGAUUUUCAUUGAAAAAAAUGAA